AUGAACAUCUACCGCGCGCAUAUCAACAAGAAAUUCCAUCAAAACUUACAGUCAUCCCAGGUGCUCCAUCAGUGGUCUGUGAAUAAUUUGCAAGACUUCUGGAUAGAUCUUCAUGACUACACUGGCGUCAUUCCAUCUCUUCCAGCAAACACGACGAUAGCAUUUGAUGCUAAUGAGCCAAUGGAAAAUGUACCUGAAUUUUUCCGUGGUGCCACUGUCAACUAUGCAGAGAACGUGCUUACUGACAGAGAUCCUACCAAAACUGCCCUAGUUGGAGUCCGUGAAGGUCAGAAUUUGGCAGGCGAGGUUUGGACAUGGGCCCGGCUGUGUGAGAAUGUUCGUCAGGCGAGAAGUGCUUUACUACGCAUUGGUGUUGGAGAAGGUGAUCGAGUUGCAGCUAUCAUUUCCACAAGUGUUUGGUCUGUGGGUUUGUUUUUGGCUACUGCUAGUAUCGGUGCCAUCUGGACGAGUAUUGCACCUGACCUAGGUGAAGAGGGCUGUAUAUCAAGACUGCAACAGGUCACACCUAAAGUCCUUUUCGCAGACAGUGAAUCGGCCUAUAAAGGCAAAAUGAAGUCUAAUGUGGCGAAAAUUAACAAUAUUGUUCAGGCGAUGAACUCCAAGCCUGAACUAUUCUUGAUCCCUAUCCUAUCGGAGGUCAAAGAAAAGCUAUUCUUCACUCUUGAUCAAUUUUUGACGAAGUCCCGACCGGAAGACAAGUUGGAAUUCAAGAGACUACCAUUUUCUCAUCCGCUUUAUAUUCUCUAUACGAGUGGGACAACCGGUCAACCAAAAUGCCUCGUUCAUAGUCACAGUGUGAUCUUACAACAUAAGAAGACAUCUGUACUUCACAACUCGCUCACCUCCGAAGAUGUUGUUUUCCAGUUCAGUAGUACCUCGUGGGUGCUAUGGAACAUCAUGAUCGGUCACUUAUCUGUAGGACCAACGCUGAUCUUAUAUGACGGCUCACCACUAUGGCCAACUGCGAAGAUCCUAGCUAAGGUUGCCGAGUACCAUCGAGUAACCUACUGGGGAUGCUCGCCUCGUUAUUUGCAGGAGUUGGAAAUGACCCGGUCCAUUCCAAAGGAGCAGUUCGACCUUUCAGCGCUGAGAAUGGUGCAAACUGGAGGUUCUCAUCUAAGCGCAGAUCAGUAUCACUGGUUCUAUCGCGCCUUUCCACCAAAUGUCCAUCUUACAAGUGUGACUGGUGGGACCGACUUGGUUACAUCUUGGAUUGGUACAGAUCCUGCUGGUCCGCUCUAUCCGGGUGAGAUUCAGCUGCCUAUGCUGGGUCAAGAUAUAGACGUAGCGGAUCCCGUCAGCGGUGAAUCGAUUAAACAUACUGGGCGGAAUGGCGAAUUUGUCUGUCGUCAACCUUUCCCUUCAAUGCCUGUCUUUUUUUGGGGAGAUAAAGAUGGAUCCAAAUACAAGAGUACAUACUUUGACAAGUUUGAGAACUGUUGGGCUCAACAUGACUGGGCAAGCUAUAAUCCUCAGACGAGCGGUUGGCAAAUCCAUGGAAGAAGUGAUGGGGUGUUGAAUCCUCAAGGGAUUCGAUUCGGGUCAUCCGAUAUCUAUUCGAUUACCGAGUCCGCGCCAUUCAACAAGAUGAUUUCAGCGACAUUAUGCAUCGGAAGGCGCAGACCACAUGAUUCCGAUGAGUCCUUCUUUCUCUUUGUGGUUAUGCAACCAAACCACGUAUUCACAAGCCAGCUCGCUCUCGGGAUGAAGGAUGCCAUCCGUAGGGGCCUCAGCAGCAAGCAUGUUCCCCGUUUCGUGAUUGGUGUUAAAGAGGUCCCUAUGACAGUCAAUGGUAAGAAGGUGGAGACUCUGGUAAAGGAAGUUGUAUCCACUGGACAGCUUCCUAAGACUGUCAGCAGCACUGUGGUCAAUCCUGGGUGUUUGGAACAUUUCAAGCAGUACUAUCACUUGGAUUUGUCUAAAGAGAAUAGAGCAAAGAUGUAG